GGAGAAAGGGGACCUCAGCCUCGCAGGGGCGCGCACGCCCCACCCCUGCCCCCCGCCAGCGGACCGGAUUCCCCGCUCCCGGUCCUUCCACCAUGCACUUGCUGGGCUUCUUGUCUCUGGCGUGUUCCCUGCUCGCCGCUGCGCUGCUGCCGGGUCCGCGCGAGGCGCCCGCCGCCGCCGCCUUCGAGUCGGGACUGGGCUUCUCCGACGUGGAGCAGGACGCUGACGAGGCCAAGGCUUAUGUAGGCAAAGAUCUGGAGGAGCAGUUGCGAUCUGUGUCCAGCGUGGAUGAGCUCAUGACUGUGCUAUACCCAGAAUAUUGGAAAAUGUACAAAUGUCAGCUGAGGAAAUCAGGCUGGCAGCACAGUAAAGAACAGCCCAACCUCAACACAAGGACAGAAGAGACAAUAAAAUUUGCUGCAGCACAUUAUAAUGCAGAAAUCUUGAAAAGUAUUGAUAAUGAGUGGAGAAAGACUCAAUGCAUGCCACGUGAGGUGUGUAUAGAUGUGGGGAAGGAAUUUGGAGCAGCAACAAACACCUUCUUUAAACCUCCAUGUGUGUCCGUCUACAGAUGUGGGGGCUGCUGCAACAGUGAAGGGCAACAGUGCAUGAACACCAGCACAAGUUACCUCAGCAAAACGUUAUUUGAAAUUACAGUGCCUCUCUCUCAAGGCCCGAAACCAGUAACAAUCAGUUUUGCCAAUCACACUUCUUGCCGAUGCAUGUCUAAACUGGAUGUUUACAGACAAGUUCAUUCAAUUAUUAGACGUUCCCUGACAACAACACUAGCACAGUGUGAUGCAACAAACAAGACUUGCCCCCCAAAUUACAUGUGGAAUAAUCACAUCUGCAGAUGCCUGGCUCAGCAAGACUUUAUUUUUUCUUCAAAUGCUGGAGAUGACUCUGCAGAUGGAUUUCAUGACAUCUGUGGACCCAACAAGGAGCUGGAUGAAGAGACUUGUCAGUGUGUCUGCAAAGGAGGCCUUCGGCCUUCCAGCUGUGGACCCCACAAAGAACUCGACAGAAACUCAUGCCAGUGUGUCUGUAAAAACAAACUUUUCCCCAGCUCAUGUGGGGCCAACAAAGAAUUUGAUGAAAACACAUGCCAGUGUGUAUGUAAAAGAACCUGUCCAAGAAACCAGCCCCUCAAUCCUGGAAAAUGUGCCUGUGAAUGUACAGAAAACCCACAAAAAUGCUUCCUAAAAGGAAAGAAAUUCCAACAUCAAACAUGCAGCUGUUACAGACGACCAUGUACAAAUCGACUGAAGCAUUGCGAGCAGGGACUGUCAUUUAGUGAAGAAGUAUGUCGCUGUGUCCCUUCAUACUGGAAAAGACCACACAUGAACUAAGUUUGUACUGUUUCCCGAGUCACCAUUUUUCUCUCAUGGAAAACUGUUGUUAUCACAGCAGAACUGUUUAUGAACAGAGAGACCCUUGUGGGACCUUGUCACAAAGGCAAAAGUCAAUGUUUCCUGAACCACCUGUGUGGAUAACGUUACAGAAAUGGACUGGAGCUCAUCUGCAAAAGGCCUCUUUUAAAGACUGGUUUCCUCCCAAUGACCAAACAGCCUAGUUUUGUUUUUUUUUCCUCUAGUGAUUUUUUAAAAAAGAAUAAUGACUAUAUAAUUUAUUUCCACUAAAAAUAUUGUUUCUGCAUUCAUUUUUAUAGCAAUAACAAUUGGUAAAGCUCACUGUGAUCAAUAUUUUUAUAUCUUG